AUGGGAAGCAGUUGUCAACUUCGUCUCCGCUAUCAAACGAAGCGGUCAACCAGGCUACAUCAUAGAUUAGAAAACAAAAUCUGUCCAGACAAUUCUGACGACGACACUCCAAUCCUCUACGCAUUCCGGGAUGAAGAAAUUCAAGCAAUUUACGAGGGAGGUUUUCAAAAGAAUCAUGUUCAUGAUUGGAUUUUAACAAUCAAACAACCCCAAAUCAGAAUCCUCAACGAGAACUUGGUCCCUCAGUACCGUAGUGGAAACGUCCCCGGCUUUGAUCGCCCUAGGCAUACUGUGACUAUACUUUUCGUGCACACCAAAAAGUGUCAAGUUUGGAGGAACUACGUGAAGUUUGCCAAAGAAAAUCAUGGAAAAUUCCAUUUGACAGCAGUGGUGUCUCCAGAAGUUAAGAAAUGGUCCUUCCAUCCGGCAUUCAUCACCAUGAAACCCGACGAUCCAUACGUUAAAGCCUUCACCCUCUACAAGGAUAUUCAUUGGAAUCGAAUGGUGGAAUUCUUGGAAGAUGGUGUCCAUCCCGGAUGUCACCCAUUAAUAUCUCCCAGCGAAUUUUUAUUCGCCACUUCUGUUGAAAAACCGCUUCUUGUCUUUUUUGACCCACUCGGCACUAAAAAUGUCACAGGUUUUCAAUAUCAUGCUUCUCAAGAACAAACUUCCGAGCGCUCGGCGUUCUAUGCAGCGAUUUCUGGAAUGGACCUAUUCGGCCUAUACAUCAUGAGCGUGUUCAAUAUAGACACCCCUAGCUACGUCGUCAUUCGAAGAGACGAAAAAGGAUGGUGCCUUUUCAAAAAACCCAUUGAAAAUGAUAAUUUUUUGAGUGUCAAGGCGUGGGUUCAACAUCUGGAACCAUCGCAUUGUGAUGAUUUCAUCGAAGAUUUUAUGUUCCCAAUCGCUCGGUUGAAUCUUCUGGAGCGCUAUGAGGACGUGGAUGAGCUGGAGCAGGAACUAACGGCUGUGGAGAGGAAUAGAGAUGAAUUAUAG